CACUCACCGCGAAAUCUUGCGCAUGCGCGUAUAUAGAAUUUCUAGCAGGGCUUUUCACCUGUUAUUAUAAAUCCAUUAUCUUAUUAUAUCAGUGUGGAAUUUGUAUCUGGCGUGUAGAAGAAAGUGAUACUUUGAAACACAAAUGACAUAAAAUCACUCAGAUAACGGUUUGCCAUGGAUAACAGGAAUGAUAUUGUCAAGUGGGCAAAUUCUUGCCGUUUAUGCCUUCUUGAUGAUGGAAUUAAAUUGCCUAUAUUUGAAGGAGAAGGAAUUCAAAGACAAGUUGCACGUAAAAUACUAACUUGUUUUCCGAUUGUGAUAUAUGUUGCAGAUCCUCUGCCAAAGAUGAUUUGCCAUAAAUGCCUGUAUAAAUUGGACACUGUAUACAAUUUUCGUCAUAAGUGUCUUGAAGCUAAUGCUGUUCUGAAAAAACAAUUACUGACCAUGACACAUAUGGCUGAAGUGAAGGAGUAUCUGGAUGCUUUAGAAUCUGUUUCUAGUUUGAGAAAGGUGACACAGAAGCCAUUAUCACCUGUAAUAAGACAGGUAAAGACAUCUCAGAAUGUGUUCCCUGGCAGUAAGGGCCCACUCAAAGAAGAUGAAACGGGUUCUCCACAGUUUGGCAAUAAUUCGGAAAAUGUGUUCCAAGAAGUGUUCCUGACAGACUGCUCAAAUGAUAUAUUUUUUCCUGAGCAGAGCUCUGAUGAUACUGUGCAGGUGAAUGAAAAUGGAACUAAUUUGUCCAAAUCACCCAGCAGGGAUCAGACUGUAUUUACAGCACCUGCUAAUUCUGUGAGAUUCAUCGCUGCAAAUCCUGAUGACAUUGCUGCAACGUCCCAUGCCACCAUGACAAAGCAGGAACCUGAAGAUGAAAUUUUGAAAGAGAAUUCUCUGGAGGGCUCAGUCACAUCUCAACCAUCUUCACCACUCUCUCAACCAAGAAAUGACACUCUGCCAAACACAGAUUUGGAACCUGUGUCUGUGGAUCUAGAAAAGGUGAAAGAAGAAGCAGUUACAGAAUGUUCAAAGUGCAAAAUUAUAUUUCAAGAUAAAGGACAGCUGCAGGAGCACGUGUGUGCGGUGGUGUCUCAGUGGAGUUGUGAGCACUGCAAUAAGUGCUUUAAGUCAAAACAUACACUUUACAAACAUAAGAAGUACUUCUGUCCCAAGAAGAAGAACAGCUGUGUAUGCAAGGGUUGUAGCAAGGUGUUCAGUUCUGUGAUUGAAAUGGCAAAGCACCAGAAACAGCAUCUCAGAGUCUGUCUCUCUCUUCAAGAGGAAAGUCUCUACACUUGCACUGUGUGUGAAAAGAAAUUUGCAGCAAGAUCCAUGUUGGAGAUGCACAAGAACUCUCAUUUUCCAGGGAAUUUAAACAUGAAACAAGCUGAAAGAUUUUCAGUCCAACCAAACGUUUCACCAGGAAAGGUACUGAUAAAACAGUUUAAAUGUCGGCAUUGUCCAAAAUCAUAUACAAGAAAAUACAAAUUAAAAUAUCACAUGAAAACUCAUUUUUCAGAAGCGCACAAUAGUAGUGUGCCUGAAUUGUCAAUGGAAACCAAGCAGGAAAAUAAUAAUGAUAGAGAUAAUGACGCUGUAUCACAGUGUUUGAUGAAAUGCAGCUGUAAGUACUGUGGAUAUGUCUGUGACGAUUCUGCCGCAUUGUGGCUUCACAUGUUGCAACAGCAUAGCUCUGUAAAGUCAUACAAGUGUGAUAAGUGUGGCAGGGAUUUCCAUCGUCUGCAAGCUUACUCCAAUCACAUGAAAACACACAAUGUCAAGAUGAGCUGCAGGGUGUGUGGGAAACACUACUCAUCAAUAAAGGCUCUGAGAGAGCAUGGCUACAAUAAACAUACAAUUCAGAAGGCCAUGCAUCAGUGUAGGUUAUGUGCACAGAGCUUUGCAACACGAUCUGCACUUUUAAUUCAUGGUAGAGACCAUCACGCAAAGGGCAAAAGCAGUGCUCCUUUGUCAGAAGACUCUCAGGCAAAGGUUGAAACAUUUCCCUGUAGUCUCUGCAGCAAAAGCUUUCCAAGCACAGUGACCCUCGUGGCACACAUGCAGAUGCACGUUGGCAUGGAAAUGGGAAAUGGGAACUUGGAUAACUUGGACCAGGGACCUGUUCCUCAGAGCAGCUGUAAGAAAGAGGAGCAGCAUUAUCCUUUCACAUGUAAAAUUUGCUUCAAGUUAUUCAGUAAUAAGGGCGGUUUGCAGCGCCACAUAAAGAUACAUGCUCCAAAAAAACAUGUGUUCUAUCCCUGUAAAAUAUGUGGUAAAAAGUUUGUAUCUGAAUCUACAUACAAAACUCAUACAGCCACACAUGUGGUAUCUGUUCCAUUUCAUUGCCCUCAGUGUAAUCAAAUUUUCUUCAAGGAAGAAGUAUUUAAGAGUCAUGUGUGUGAGAACACUGGAAAUCAGGCUUCUUUAACAUGUGGGGUUCUGUUGACAGAAGAAAAGCACCUAAAUCAUGUUUGUGAUGGGAGUAAUUUGAAGAGUUCAGAGUUAUUAUUGAAAUGCAGCAUCUGUUCUGCAGUAUUUAGUUCCUUAAAGUCACGGAACAAUCACAUGAGGAUCCAUUUGAAUCGGAGCAUGCCACUAACAGCUCUCCCAUCAAAUGUGAAUAAUUUGUGCAGUAGAAUGAGCAGUGGCUUAUACAAAUGUAAUCUCUGUAGCAAGCGGAUGGUGACACAGCAUGCUGCAGCAGGACAUGCAAAAUGGCACUACCAGCCACAACCUGUGAAGGCCUUUGAGUGUCCUUUCUGUAACCGCAGAUACACAACAGAGACUGGACUCUACACUCACAUUUCUGUUCAACACCCAGAUGUUCCUGGGUAGAUUUAUGGCAUGACAUUCUCUCAUUCAUAAUUUUGAAAUGAAAUUGGGCAUAUGUUGUCUUUUAUGUUUUGCCUUGCCAUAAACUCCAAAGUAUCUGCUUACGGAAAUCUGUGCAUACUCCUGAAGGAAUUAUGUUUUGUCUUUUUAAAAUAAUGGUCUGAUUUGUGAAAAUCUACUUGUUUACAGACUUGACUGGAAAAUAUCUUCAUCUUGCAACACAUCACAGCUAAUGUUUCCUACUUCACAUAUUCAGUUUUGUAAGCAAGUGGUUUUUGUAAUUUAAAUAUGUAUCAAGUACCUCAUUGUUAUUAGAAGGUGAAAGUUUAAGAAAGUAGCAAAUGUGAUAAAGCUCAAUCCAUUCCACAUCACGAAAACCUAUUUCUCAAAGAUUAAUUUCAGUUUUUUCCAUCAGGCUCUGCCUAGGUAGCUUUCUACUUUUUGCAUAUGUAUUUUGCUAGCUCUGAAGUGUGUACGAUGUGACACUGUGUUAGAUUUCUGAAUGCCCAUUAUGAAUUUCAAAUCUUCAAGGUUAACAGGGAUAUAAACAAAAAAACACAACUGAAUAUUUGUGAAUACCGCAAUUAUAAAAUCUGAUUUCUGACUCAACCCAUAUCAAAAUUAUAAAAUUCACAGCAAGACUAGGAGAGUUGUAUUACAUGCUUAGUUGCACUAAAUAACCUGUGAAUUUUAAACGAUUGCUGAAUUAUACUGCAGUCAUUAUCCCUUGCCUUAUUGAUAUGAAACAAUAAUAAUCAUGAUUGCAAUAACAACAAAAACACUAGAGUCUUAAAACAGUAUGUUUACUGAGAGGUGAACAUUUUAGAAAAUUCAGAAUGAUAGCAUUACUAUAUUGUACUCUUCACAAAAACUGAAUUAAACUUUUUCACAAAUACUGAGUUAUGAUCCAUCUUUGUUUUAAAAUGUCUUAAGACUACAGUAGCUGAUUCUUAAUGACAGGUUGGAUAUUCUGACAUAUCUGACACAUGCGAUAUUCCUGACUUCUCAUAUGGUGUUUGCUCUGGUUGUCUAUUGUGUGCAUUUUAACUUGAUCCUAAUUAGAAUAAUUUUCUACAAAGAUGCCGAAAGUAUGUGGUCCAUUUUAUAAGUUAUUAAGAAAGAUACUAUUGCCAUUUUGGCAGAUAUGUUUCGCUGAAUCUCUUACAAGGUAAUUUCAUUCAUCCAAGAUAAAGUUUAAAAUGAGAUCAUUACUAAGAUUCCUUUGUUGUUUUUGUUGUUUUAUGUACUUGAACUUACAGUAAGUGGCAUUUGAACCUUAUUUCAAUUCUACUUUCUCCAAGUGGAUCUGGAUAUACAAAAUGAAGACAAGUACAUGAAUUUCAGUGUGACCACAACGUAAUAAUUACUUUAAAAUACAAAGUUGGUGAAUUCAUUCAUCCUACUGUUGUUCCUGGAUGUUUUCAUGUUUACCAGCAGCCCCACUUACCCACACCCAUAGGAUGAAUUACUUCACUGACCUUCUAUUUUAAACUCAUUACCUAAUAGUUUACAUUUGUGACUUUAUUAUUUUAAUGGUUAUGUAGUUUUUCCAUUGAUUCUAUGCAGUUUUAUGUAUGCACAUUUUACCCAUGUUGAACCAAUGUAAACAUUAUAUAGGUAACACCGGUGAUGGUUCUGUGAGGCUGAAACAUAUAUAUGUUAUAUUAUCAACACAAAGUGAUAAAGGUUGUUUGACAUAUUCAAAUACUUGCAUUCUUGUAUUGUAAACAAGUAUGAAAUUAUGAAGAAAUGAAAAGAGAUUAUCAUCUUGAUUUUUAUCAGAAGCGCCUUAACUGUUAAGUAUAUGAAAGAGGACAUAACAUAAGAAGCUCUGCAAGUGAGUGAAAGUUUGUACAGUGCAUUAACUAAUGGUAAAAUAGUUGUGGCCCAUAUUUCAUGGUGCUGUGCAGUCAUUAGUAAGCAGUCCCAGUGCACAAAAAUAGAUUCCUUUAUUUUGUCUGAGUAGAGAGCCUUCUAUAUGGAUUUUUCCUCUGCCUUGCCUUCUGUAUUGCAGCCCACUGCUUUUAUGCUCAUUAUAUCGCAAUAUGUCUUGUUUCCUUCAGCUUCAUUGUUAGUGCCAUCCUAGGCAUGAAGAUGCCCUUUCAAGGGAUAUGAAGCAUUAAUUCAGGGACUGAGCAUUUUUCAAAUAGUUCCAAGGUAAUGUAAUUUGGUAUUCACUGUCUACACUGUUAGAAAAUGUAAUUUUAUUCACAUCUCUCUAGUAUAACCUGUACUUUACACGAAGCUCAUAUCUGAGUAGUAUAAAUAAAAUGGAUCAUUAUACAAAGUGUAUGUGACAACAUAUAGUUUUAUUUAAGACGUAUGCUUGUUUCACUUGAAAGAUUUUUAUACAUAUAUUUAGUGAAAUAUAAGGACAAAUAUUUGAUGUCUGUGUUCACUGUAUUUGUACUACUGGUUAGUCUGGUAAACAGUGAAUUUAUGAGGUGCAGUAUCAUCUGCCUGCAAUGAAUUUGUAUGCCUUUCCACUAUUUCUAUAUGAUUGUCUUGAAUAACUGAGUUUUACCCUAUUUUAUAGAGAUUUAUUGAUAGUAAGGAUGGAAGGUAUCUUUUAGGAACUUUUAACCUCUAUCUUACUAGCGUUCCCAGCCUGGGAACGUAAGUUGUGUAGUCAGCCCCACGAACGUUCCCGGAUGGGACCUCAAAACUUGCAACAUUGUAAGAAGACUUGGCUACGUCUUUUGGCCUAUUUUAGGUGCUGCAAAUAUUGAAUCGCUUUCUCUAGGGUUUUUACAAUGUCAGCCUGAGCUGUCAACCCGGAAACUACAAUCAUAAACAGCAAUAAACAUUGUUAUUGUCAAGUGGGUUUCAGCUUCAUUUUCAGGCCCCUAAUCAAAGCUCACAUUCCUCGGCAUGAUGGGUGAGAAUAAUGUGUAUCCACUGAAGUAGGGGAGACAAAUUUUUCUGUGUGGUCAUUAGUUCACAACCAUGUCGAAUGAGCUUCGAAAGAACAAAGUAAAGUUACUAAGGCCUAUUUAGGCAAUUAAGAUAUUAACUGCAUUUUUAAAGAACUCUAUGUAUUCUCUGUUCUAUUCGAAUAAAUAUAGCUUUUAUUUUGUCAAUUUAUCAUGUUUACUUUAGAUAAUAUUAAAGUUUUCCGUAGAGCGUGCACAAAAUUUUAAAAACCUGCAAAGAAACUCCGUAGGGCUGCUACCACUAUGCCAUUUAAAUCCCCGUCAUUUAAAGGUUAAAGUGUAUAGUUUAAUUUAUGAUUGCUGUUUAGAUUUGUAUGUAGCAGGUUACUGAUGUGCUAUUAUUGAAUUUCAUGGACAUUAGCAGUAAUUUUAUACAUUCUGACUGCAUGUUUAGUAUUAGAGAAUGUUAACUGCUGGCAAGUAUAAUUGAUGUUGUUUGUUUGUCAUCAGUCUUUCGACUGGUUUGAUGUCCUCCAUUUUUGCCUAUCUUGUGCCAAUCUUUUCAUUUCCACAUAUUUUAGUUGACAAACAAUAAAUAUGUUUUAUAAAUGAGUGUUACAAUGUAAUUUGCAGAAGCCAAAAAAAAGAAGAAGAAGAUAUUUGAAGUAUUUUUCAACUUUUGGCACAUGAAAAUCUGUGAUAAGUGAGCCCACCCUUGGUUGGUUUUCCUUAUCUGUUACUGUCAAGAGACAUGGUUUAAACUACAGUUAUACACAGUGUCAGUCCCUAAAUAGGUUUAUGGUUAGUGGUGAUAUCCCAGAACACAGUAAUUGUUAUCACAAUUAUUGAUUCAUAGACUUGCAUACUGUGCAUACAUCUGUUCCUCCUGAUGGUAUCCACAUGUAAUAAUCUUCAUAUAUAUUUGCUAAUGCUACAGAACCUCUGCAGUUGAUACAGCAGUUACAUAAUCUAAAAAUUAACCAUGAAAAUAAAGGUGGUUAUGAAUUCUAUAUGGGUUAAAAUUUCAACAAGAUUGUACCACAUUUGUUGGCAAAAUUCAUUACAUACAUACAUACUUAAGAACAGUGACAUCUUCAAAAUUAAAUUCAGUGGACUCUGAUAUCACUAUGAAGCUAGAACUGUUAUUGUGGAGACACUGUCCAUUAUUAUUUCAGAAGAUGGGUGUUUCAAAUGAUGGCCAAGUUCCAAAAACCAGUGAUACUAAUAUACCAUCAUCAGAACCCUUUAAAAUUCAGAUAAUGACUGGCUUCACCUUGGAAAGGGAUUUGUUAUUGUUACUGGUUUAUUGUAGACUUCUAUGUGUCGUUUGCAGUGGAUAAUGUUUUGAAAAUAAAAUAGUUUGCUGUUUUUUAGAUUAUGAGUGUCACAGUAUGGAAUUGCUGUUUAUUGUACAAAUCCAAAGCAAUAUUUAAAUAAAUUAAAAUUUUGCAAACAA